UGAAAGGAUUAAUAUAUUUUGUAUGUCUAAUGAUGAUGUUUUAUGUUUGUAGUGCAAAUGAUGAAGGGGAUUACUACAGCGAAACCAAAUAUGGUAUAGUUAUGAAGAAGAAAAUGACCAAAAUUAAUUUCUUCUACCAUUACGUUUCGGGUGGCGAAAAUCCUAACGUUGUUCGAAUAGCUCAAGCCAAUGCAACCAGAAACGAGAGCAACCCGUUUCCUCCUUUCGGGGAUCUUAAUGCUAUUAAUAAUGCUCUAAGGGUAGGGAUCGAACCGAACUCACGAAUCAUAGGGCGUGCUAAAGGACUCGAAGUAGAAGCGAGCCAAGGAAAUGAAAUGCCGACCGCAGUUGUUUACUUGGAUUUCGGAUUCACUACGGGUGAACUUAAUGGAAGUUCAUUUGUUAUUUGUUCAAGAGAUUUAUAUUUAGAGCCAAUACAUGAGCUAGCAGUUGUUGGUGGAAGAGGAAAUUUCAGGAUGGCUGAGGGUUUUGCUAAGGUUGAAUUAAUAUUUUUCAAUCCCACCGAUGGAUAUGGCGUUGAUAAGUACUGUGUUAACUUAUAUCAUCACUAAACCUAUGAUCAGGUUAAUACUUAAAUAAAUAUGAAUAAGUUGUAUUAUUACUCAAACUAUAUAUGGUUGGAUUUCUCCUUCAUAAAAAUAUGUA